GCUCGACGUCUCGCCAGCUCUGAUGAUACCACGUCUUCACGAUCCAUCGUGACAACUCCACACCCACGAAGAGUCUUGUAUAUCGCUCUUACACCACUCCGGCCGUAUCUGCGAUUGCGAAAGUGCAAUCUUUUGGCGCCAAAGAUGCUGCGAAGAAACGGAAAGCCGAGAUCCUGUGAGCCAUGUCGGAUAUCCAAGAUUCGGUGCGACCACACAGCACCCGUCUGUGACAAGUGCCAGAAGCGAGGCAUCGCGGACCAGUGUUUCUACCAUCCCAACCCUAUGACGAAGCCUCCCGGAGUUCCACGCAAGAAGCCCGAGCCACGGCGACGUCCCGCAGAAAGACGCUUGUCCAAAGCUCGGGACCUCGAAGCCACAUCAUCCCCAGUUUCUAAUUUGAGCCCCUCGGUACUCCGCAUUGAAGUCCCUGUGGCAAGGCCCGCUGAAACCAUCAACAUGUGGCCUAGUCCGCCCGAGUCGACGCCCAAGACUGCCCCAGGAAACCCCGAGGAAGCUUGUCGUCGAACCUUCUUUCUGGGUUCCACCAGUUACGCCAGUGUCUUUGUAGAAGAGAGACCCCUUCCAGAGUCCAUACACGACCAGCCUCCUGAAAGAAUCACUGCCACUCCCUCGUUGCCAGCAGACCAGAAUGCCACGGGAUCCCGCCACUGUCGCAUGAGCAUAGGCACUACCAUUCUCUCCAAGCUCAAGCCCUUCUCCUUCUUCGCGCGUGCCGUGGAAAGGUUCUUCGAAAUCAGUCAGGGUGGAUCACUGGUCGGGCCUUUGAUCAUCUCUGCUCUACCCCAGCUAUCUCAGGACCUGCAGCGGGUGACCAGCGGGUGCCCUCGUUCAUCCACUGCAUGUGCUGACAUAACCCGUAACACAACCUGCCCUUUCAAGGUACCCUCGGACAUGGUGGCAUCCGAAUUCCACACUCUCUUCACGGGCCCGAAUCUGCGCUGGGAGAUCCUUGGGCUGAUCAUGAUACUGGCGGCAUCUGAAGCCCAGUUCACAUCACCAGACGAUUCAUUUUUCGACUUGGAAGAUGGGAGCAGGAUUGACAAGGAUGCAUUCAUUGAAGACAUGAUCCACGCUAGCAACGAUUGCAUCAACCUCUGCCAGGUCCACGGUUCUGUCAACGAUAUCAUAGUGUGGCUGUUGUACACGAACAUGAUCGUGAAGAGCAACUUCUACGGCGACAACUACCAUGGAGUAUGGCGAGGCAUGAGCGAAACCAUUUCGUCGCUCUACGCCGAAGGCAUACAUUGCGAGGAAAGUUUCGACGAGCCCUUCUUUUUCCGCGAAGCUCGGCGAAGAGUUUAUGCCUCUGUGUUCCGAUCCGACAAGACCCUGGCCAACUUCUUCGGGCGUCCGCCCAUGAUGAACUGGCGGUAUAGCGAUCGCCCGCUUCCCCUUGAUGUAGACGAGAACCUGCUCAUGUGCGACAACCCCGAUACAAUAAACGCGGCACUGGCCAAGCUUGACAACGAAGGAUGGAAUGCCGAAGGCAAGAUAUACUCCAUCUCGUGGGUUCGCCUGCGCGCCAAGAUGUCCAUAUCGAGGGAACGCUUUCUGGAAAUAUCGCUCUCGGGACGGAGGAUUACAGAUCUGCCCAAAGAGAUACAGGACGUGCAAAUGCAGCACCAGCAGUCCUGGGAAGAGCUACCCGCGCACCUUCGCUACGACCUCUACGAUGAGGACACGGUCUGGGAACAGCUGGGUUCGCGGGUAACCGUGAAACUGGUGAAUUGCUAUCUCGAGUUCCUGCACAUGGACUUCCAGAUACAGCGACUUCUGCGCCGUCAGACCCAGACCGCGCUCCCAGGCCUCCUCGAGAUCUGCAUGAAGCUCCUUUCGACUAUCCUCAUCUUCAACAAACGCGGCAUCCGCGAGUAUACCGUACAGCGCCACUUCGCCACGCUCGUCCUCUUCUACUGCCUCCCCAGUGCCGGUGUCCUUGCGCUCGAACUGCGGAGAUGCACUCUGGAGAACGUGCCGCUGCCGAGCACUGUAUCGCGCGCCGACAUCAUCCGCAAUCUAUCUGUGUUGAUAUCUUGCAUGGACUGGGCCAUCCUCCCCGGCGACGGCAAUCACAGACUCUGUCGCGAGCUGAACAAGAUGUUGUCAUUGGUAUUAGAUGAAGUGCUCAACUACCAGCCCUCAAUGAACGGAGCUCAGGGCGAUGCUACUGAUAGUACUUUGCAAGGCGUCGGCCCAGGCUUCUUCGACAUGCCCAUGGUUGACGGCAUGGAGCCUAUCCCCACCGAGAGCGAGGAUUUCUUGAACUGGCUGAUGGAUAAUGCCAACUGGAACAACACGGUGAGUACCUCUCUCCAACCAAUUUCACAUUUAGGAAAGUUUACUGACCAUGUGCAACCAGUCUCUCUUCUAAUGCUGCACAUAACAACCUUUUGAACCCCGCCAGCCCAUUUGCGCUGCAAAGAAAAACUCGACACGACCUAACGACCAAUUCCAUCAUCUCUGAAAGCUAGACCUCAUGAUACCAUCAUACUUUUCCAAUCUAUCUCCUACACAUCUUCUGUUCUGCUUUCCAAUCAAUACACAUUACCAAUCAAGUCCCACGCCCGUGCCAUCCUCAAUCAUGAAUAGCGACCCCACACGUGGUCACCCUCACCCAAAUGUCAAACCCUUCCCCCCACAUAGCCGCAGAUCCACCGCACAACAACCACCACCACAACAAAAAACAACCGAGGCAUCAUCACUGCAUCGUGAACACUCCACCCCAUCUCUACAAAAAAUCCCCGCACCGCAGAACCACCGAAGCUGACAAAUUGCAUCAUCUUCCUUCUCCCUUCUCUCUUGUACGCCUUCGCUUCCCCAUGUCCCUCUUAAAAAAGAACCCCAUUUAAAUAAACAUUGGAAACAGCCUCGUUCGACAACGACUCAUGUCGCUCCCCUAUCCCUAACCCAGACAAAAAAGCUAGAGCGGAACACGAAGAGAAAAAAAAAAGGCUGAGUCAUGUGCGCGUCCCGCCCCUCCACUGCUUCUGCUCACCAACAUCCUUGCAUUUAUUGUACAUCUUGACUCUUUGCUACAACGUACCUCUGUAUGCUAAAGUCGACAGAGCUGCGGGAGGUGUUAGUAUCGUUGUUCACCGAUGGCGGGUUUGGACUGCGGAGCACGCAAGGAUAGAUAGGCGCGUUAUGACUCGUUGUAUUCUUCAGGUUCCG